AUGCUCAUUAACUAAGAUUUAAUUCAAAAUUUUGGGGACAACCGAUUGAUUCCACUCAACAAAGCCUUUCCAAACAUUCCUCAAAAAGAUAAAUUUAGACCAAUCUUAGUGUAAAGUCCUAUAAUGAAAUGGCUGGAAUUGAGGUUCUUGAAGAAAUUCUAAUAAUACUGUGAAAAAAAGAUUAUAAAAGAAUAAUUUGGUUUUGUCGAAGGAACUAGAACAUUAUUUAUUUUUCUCACAAAGCCUUCUGAAUUGGCAGUACAUCAAAAAGAAAAAUAAAAAGAUAGUUUUUUUUAAAUGAAAUACCAUAAGGAAGUGUUUUAUAGCUGUUUCUUUUUGAUAGACACUCGCACACCAUAAUAAAAAAAAUGGAAAAACUAUAUAAUUUCAGCAGAAUUGUCCACUACUACUAUUAUGCAGAUGAUAUAGCCUUUAUAUGCAAGGAGAAGUAUCUUGAUCCCAUACUAGAAUGUUUUAAUAAAGCUUCUUAAAAUCUAAAUUUCGAAAUAAAUACAAAAAAAUGCGCCAUAAUCAGAAAAGCCAGAAUAUUAUUGA